CAUCAUCAUCCUGCACAUCCUCACCAUCAACAUCUCAUCUUCCUCCUCCUCCUCCUUCUUCUCCCUCUCAUCUCUCUCAUCUCUCUCAUCUUUCUCAUCUUUCUCAUCUUUCUCACCUCUCAUCUCCCUUUUUUAUUUUUAUUUUUUCUUUUUCAUCUGUCUUUUUCACACCUAAUAUAUCCUUCUUUUCACACAUUUAUUCUAUUCACAGUACACACAGUACACAUAAUACAAACCAUUUGGUGCGUUCGUUUCCACAUUUCUUCACUCUCUCUAUUUCUCUCUUGGUACUUCCGCUUUACUUCAGUAUCUUCGUCGUCAUUUCUCCACUCUUUUCCUAUCUCUAGUGUAAAGAGGUUCAGCCAGAGAUUUAGACCUAAAUCGAUCAAUAUCCUCCGAAGUUACAAUUAUAGACACCUUUUCAUUUAUUUGGUCAUUCUACUUGCCGCUUUUUCUGACCAUCUCACUUCAUCACUCCUUUAACUUUAUCGGAGGAUUUCCAAGUG